AAUCGACUGCAGAACUAAUUUAAACUUAUGCUAGAUGAUUAUUUACUAUCGGAAUUUUCUAAAAUAGUUGAUUUUUGUAGUCAACAAUUAUUAAUUACAAUAUCUUAAUUUAUUAUCUGGAAGUAAUGUUCAGCACAAUACUUACCUUUAAUUUGUGUUAAUUUUUGCAGACAAUGUGGAGCCUCGUCGGUAGUUUGCUGUUUGCAACAGCAGUUUUUGCCCAACAAUAUGAUCAGCGUACAACCAAUGUACCAAUGGAUUUUAAAGAUGACAUUUACAACAGAGAUAUGCGAGGCCCGACCCCAGAUCGUCUAGUCUUCAAUUUCGAGCAGAGGCGAAUUGACCAACCCCCACAAUUCGAAAUGAGAGACGAAAAUCUAAGACAGUAUAUGGGACGUCCAAGAACGACACCUGCGCCAUUGCCACCAGCACAAUACCCUUUACCAGUAACACAUCAUCACCCCCUUACAAACGUUCCACUGAAGCCUGUAGAUCCUAAACUAUUGGGACCAAAUGGUUCUCAUUUACCAGCGACAUUACCUCCCGCGCCAAAUAUGCCCAAAUGGAUGGACUUAUCUGAUACCAGUUUCAAGAAUCAACAGCACCACGUACCUAACAGGCACCUUACAGGGUAUUACGAACCAAGUUUCCCGACCCAACAGCAGCCUGAACAAGGUAUGUCCGCGGAAGACUUCGUACGCCCAAAAGAAAGAGGUAACCACAAGUUCAAUUGGGCCGAUGUGACAGUUACUCCACAAGUUGUUUCCACGACUACAGUAGCCACCGUUCCAAUCAAAAGUAAUAAUCCCCCAGCGUCUUUUCCCACUUUGUCCCCCUGGCAUGGUGAUCGUUUCGGCAAAUGAAUUUAACAAUGGACAUAAGAAUUAAAUAUAAGUAAUUUUAAAUAAAUCAUGAGUCUACUUAUACAGUUAUUUGAUUUAUUAUUCUACGGCUUUAUAAACCCAGCUUUCACUAUAUAUACUAUUCCAAAGAACUCAAUUCUGCUAAAGUCAACAACUUAUUCGCAUCUCAAUAAUUUGAAUUUUGUCAUUAUACUAUUUGAAGCUCAAUUGGUGCAACGUUUUCAUGAAAUCAAUUGUUAUUUCGUGUUCUAUAAAAAGGACUGUGCCUAAAACUUGUUAUUGAAACACCAUU